AUGUCGUACCGGAUCUUGAUUGCAGGAGGCGGCAUCGCCGGACUCACCGCCAGCAUUGCUCUCGCCAAGGAGCUGGCGGAGGAACCAGAGGUACAGAUCGCCGUAUUCGAAAGUCGGACCGAAGACGCAAUCGGAGACGGAGGCGCGAUUAGUCUCACUCCUAUUGCUCAGUAUCAUCUGGAUGAACUCGGGGUGCUGGCAGAGCUCAACCGGAUGGGAGACGAUGGCGGGGUGGAGGUGGACGAAAUCAACAUCCUGUCGCUCCGUUCCGGACGAUCGCUAGGUCCCCUACGAUUUGCCGAUGAUACCGGCCGCGGGUACGGGCGAUAUAAGAGUCGUCGAGUCCUGCGUCAUGCGCUGUUCCGUGCCAUGCUCGCGGUCGCGCGCAAGUACGCAUGCAUCUCGGUGGUCUGCGACAAGAAACUGGUCACUGCCACGAAGACCGCAGACGCCGUGACUCUGCGCUUCGAGGACGGCACCACUGCGACGGGAGACUUGUUGUUAGGAUGCGAUGGGGUGCACUCGGUCGUCCGCACGCAGCUGGUCGAUCCCGGGAAUCACUCCGAAUACACCGGCAUCUCCUUCAUCCAGAGCCUGGCCCCGACGGAUCGUGUAACGCGACCGCCCCAUUUCGACCAAACCGCCAUCCACCUUACCCGGCAAGGAUCACUGCUUGCCAGUCACUGCAAUGCCAGUCGGCAAACCACGUUUGUAGCGGCGAUCAUGCGCGUGAAUGAGUUUAUCGUCGAGCGCUACCGCGCGAUGGCCUCGCCCGACUCAACUUCCGCGGCGCAUAAAUCAGCGCGAAUGGCGUUGCGCUAUCAGGUGCGCAGCAAGUUCGGAGUUUCCGCCUUUCCCUGGGUCCGCGAUUGGAUCGACCAGACGCACGACUGGGUUCUGUACCCUAUCUAUCAGGUCCAGCAGCGGCGGAAGUGGUACAUCGACCGGGUGCUGCUGCUGGGGGAUGCCGCACAUGCGAUGCCGCCCCGGGAGGAGUCGGCCGCCUAUGCCAUCGAGGAUGCGAUGCUUUUUGCGCGUAUCCUAGCCGAAGAUCGGGAUCGCGCCCUUUCCGAGGUCUUUCUCGACUAUGAAGACGCGCGACGGAGUCUGGUUGACAAGGCAUUUGAUACCACACGAAAACUCUGGCAGAGCGAUUUGGACAAGGGGUUCUUUCCGGGCCAUUUUCGCGACUGCAUGUCGUCCAUCCAGCUGGCGCCGGGAUCCCCACGCGACAUUCCCAGUGAUCGUGAUUGUGAUCCAUCGCGAAAACGUAUUUUUCCCCCACCGACACACGAGAGCAUGUCGGAUCUAUCGGUGUAUUCGCUGACCAGCGAACUGGAGGGAAUGAUCCAAGCGGAGGAGGUGGGUAUAACGAAGCGAUAG